CCCGGGAGCCCUGCAGCUCUCUGGCUCCCUGGCCUCCGGCUGCGGGUCCCGCCAGGCCCGCCCUCCGCACGCCGCCCCGGGACCCCUGUCGGCCCCGCGCCCUCUGCCUCAAGGCCCGGGCGGCAGGCUGCGAUCACCCGUCCCGGCACGUUGCGUCGGCCGCAGCUCCGGUGCCCCGAGCUCCUAAGCUAAGGCAAGAUGCCGUCUGGUUUCCAGCAGAUCGGCUCAGAAGAUGGUGAACCCCCUCAGCAGCGCGUCACCGGGACCCUGGUCCUUGCUGUAUUUUCUGCUGUGCUUGGCUCCCUGCAGUUCGGUUACAACAUUGGGGUAAUCAAUGCCCCGCAAAAGGUGAUUGAACAAAGCUACAAUGAGACAUGGCUGGGGAGACAGGGACCUGAGGGGCCUGGCUCCAUCCCCCCGGGUACCCUCACCACCCUCUGGGCUCUCUCCGUGGCCAUCUUUUCUGUGGGCGGCAUGAUCUCCUCCUUCCUCAUUGGUAUCAUCUCUCAGUGGCUGGGAAGAAAGAGGGCGAUGCUGGUCAACAACAUCCUAGCAGUGUUGGGGGGAGCCCUCAUGGGCCUCGCCAAUGCAGCUGCCUCCUAUGAGAUGCUUAUCCUUGGACGGUUCCUCAUUGGCGCCUACUCAGGGCUGACGUCAGGGCUGGUGCCCAUGUAUGUGGGUGAGAUCGCCCCCACUCACCUGCGAGGUGCCUUGGGGACACUCAAUCAAUUGGCCAUCGUCAUUGGCAUUCUGAUAGCCCAGGUGCUGGGCUUGGAGUCCUUACUGGGCACUUCCACCUUAUGGCCAUUACUCCUGGGCAUCACCGUACUGCCUGCCCUCCUACAGCUGGUCCUGCUACCCUUCUGCCCAGAAAGUCCCCGCUACCUCUACAUUAUUCGGAACCUGGAGGGUCCUGCCAGAAAGAGUUUGAAGCGCCUGACAGGCUGGGCUGACGUGUCUGGAGCACUAGCCGAGCUUAAGGAAGAGAAGCGGAAGUUAGAGAGAGAGCGGCCACUGUCCUUGCUCCAGCUUCUGGGCAGCCAUACCCACCGGCAGCCCCUCCUCAUUGCGAUUGUGCUGCAGCUCAGCCAGCAGCUCUCUGGCAUUAACGCGGUCUUCUACUAUUCAACCAGCAUCUUUGAGUCAGCGGGCGUUGGGCAGCCAGCCUAUGCCACCAUAGGAGCUGGUGUGGUCAACACCGUCUUCACUUUGGCCUCGGUGUUCUUGGUGGAACGUGCAGGGCGCCGGACACUCCACCUACUAGGCCUGGCAGGAAUGUGUGGCUGUGCCAUCUUGAUGACUGUGGCUCUGCUUCUUCUGGAGCGGGUUCCAGCUAUGAGUUACGUCUCCAUUGUGGCCAUCUUUGGCUUUGUGGCAUUCUUUGAGAUUGGCCCUGGCCCUAUUCCCUGGUUUAUCGUGGCUGAGCUUUUCAGCCAGGGACCCCGCCCAGCAGCCAUGGCUUUGGCUGGUUUCUCCAACUGGACCUGCAACUUCAUCAUCGGCAUGUGCUUCCAGUAUGUUGCGGAUGCUAUGGGUCCCUACGUCUUCCUUCUGUUUGCGGCUCUCCUGCUUGGCUUCUUCAUCUUCACCUUCUUAAAAGUGCCUGAGACCCGAGGCCGGACGUUUGACCAGAUCUCAGCUGCCUUCCGCCGGACCCCCUCCCUUUUAGAGCAGGAGGUGAAACCCAGCACAGAACUUGACUACUUAGGGCCUGAUGAGAAUGACUGAGGGGCUGGCCUAGGUGGGAGAGCCUGUUCUCUACCUCCCUAGAAACCCCUCCUUUCCUCUGCAGCACUUUAACCCUCUUGUCCCCGUUACUUCCAGGCUGGAGAAGCCCCUGCCACCUGGUGGAACUGGGAACUGGAGGGAAGGGUGGUCUGAGCACCCCCUCAUUCCCCUGUGUGACUCUGAUUAUUUAUGUGUCGUGGUUAGGUUGUGACCAUCAGGGUGGGCCAUUCUCCCCUCUCUUCCCCUCCUUCCGUAGCCCACUCCCUCUCUGCCAAAGAGGGAUUAGGAGGAGGGGAGCCCCAAGGCUGACUUUAGUGGGCUGGACUGAAGAGGAUAGCAGGACUGGAGAAAAAUCCAGUUUCCCACUGUGAACUCCUCCCACUAUCUGGCACUUUGUCUGAAAUCUUGCUCCAGAGACUCUGGGUGAAGGGGGUUUUGUCUUGACUCCUCCAGGGCAAAGGACACUCCUCCUCCCCAGACCUAAGCUCACUCCAGACUCGGUCCUCUCACUGAACCUGCUAGGCAAGAGGAUGGUGGUGAACGGAGGGAAAGCAGGCUCUCCACCUCUGGACUUCAGGCCUUGGGCCCUACACCAAGUGCUCCCUAAGGCAGCACAGGAGGCGGGGCGGGGGCUCUUUUCCUCUGCAUCCUGUAGGGAGCGUAAGGGGAACAGGGAAGGACACCUGUAAACAGCGGGCUGGGAGUAGCCUUUAGAUAUUUUUUGUAUAUGUUUGAAAAAAGAUGGGGUAAGAAGAGACUGGAGGUCAUUGUACUAAAUGUGUAUAUAUGUGUAUAGAAGUCUAUAAAAUCACUGUAUGAGACCAA